GCGCGGCCAAUGAGGAGAGCGUUGACUUGGAGCGGGUGGCAGCCAAAGCAAACCGUGCUGGGAGGCGCAGCUGUGGCGGCACGGCCCGUCCCGCUGGCAGCGCCCGGAUCAGGCAGCAAUGCGGCUCCGUCCCGUCCGCUGCCCGGCGCCAUGGCCGUGGCACCGCGCUGCGUUGCCGCUCCGCCCCGCCGGUGCAGGAACCGGGGCGGGCUGCCGGCCGGACACCAGCGGCGCUCCCCGGUGCCCCCAGCGCAGCCGCAGUGCGUGCAGCCGGGCUGGGCGCUGCGUGCCGCCGGGUGCCGGCAUGCGGACGGCGCUCCCACGCACGCAGCAUGGGAACGGGCCAGAGCAAGAUUCAUUGCGUCGGAGCUGCCGUUUGUUUGUGUACUUAUCCGGCCCAUAAACAGCAGCGCAACGAGAUUAGGCGGGAGGGAGCGAGAGGAAGGGAAACCAGCCCGGGGUGAUGACCUCCGUGUGGAUGCCGGGCUGUUUACAUUCCCCGCUCCGGUCCCAGGGGCUGUUGCGGGGCAGUUUCUUCUCAGCCCGUGCCAGGCCGCAGGGUUCGCGAGCUCCGCGCUCACGCCGCCCGUUCCCCGCAGCACGUCCCACCGGGCACCGCCACCGCAGCCAGUCGGGACAGCCGCCAGCCCCGUGUCCCUGCGAGCACAGCUCUGCUUGCGGCCGCUGCCCCGCGUCUCAUGAAUGAAAGCUCUGAAUGGGGAGCUGGGAGCCGUUCGCCCGCGGCCGUGGUAGCUGAGCCGAGCCAGGAGCUGCCUUUCUCCGGAGAACUGAAAGGCACACACCGGGCUACGGCUGCUUGGCAGGACCGCGGCCGAGGGACAUCUGGUUGGCAUGGGGCAGCAGCUGCCGCCAGGCUCCGUGUGUUGGUCUGAGCACACAGGAGGAGUGAGAAGGAGGGAGGGGAAGCGGGGAGGCACUGUUCUGGUCAGGGCAGCAUGGGACACGUGGAGAGGCAGCUGGAGAGCUCCUGGUGUCCCGGUAUAUCCAGUGUAUCUUACUGUCUAGCAGGCCGUGGAGGUGGGGAGCUCCUUGGUGGGUCCUUGGCAGCAUUCCACAGCAGGAGCUACACUCUGCAACCCCUCUCUUGUGCCACAGCCAGCUGCCUCCUGCAUGUCACGCCUCCUGCAUGGCUCACCCCCUCCCCUCCCCUGGCACACCCAGGUGCCCUAGGAAGACUUGGCUGCAGCAGCUUCCCAGCUGCCGUGUGAGCAAUGCUGUGAGUGAAGGAGCUGAGCAGGGGACGAGCUGGCUGGCAGAGCCAGGCGGUUGCACACAUUUGCUGCUCCCGUGGAGGAGCUGGGGCACAGCUCAUCUCAUGCCCAGAACAAUGCUCUGCUCCUCAGGAGCUGAAGGUACACUGUAUAAGUCUGUGGAUGACACAAAACUGAGGGAAGUUGUUGACUCCCUCGAGGGCAGAGAGGCCUUGUAGAGAGAUCCUGAAAAACUGAAAUGAUUGCCAACUGCAUGGAGGUUAACAAGAGCAAGUGCCUGGUUCCAUGCAUGGGACAGAGCGCAGGUCCCUUCUAAUUCAGGGUAUUCAAGAUUCUUACUUAGGGGUGGCGACUGGAGACACUGCUUUCGUUCUGCCUGAUGAAUUCUGCAUUUAUCUUUCCCUGGGGGCCAAAUGCAAUUCCCUGAGUGCUGGAGCGAGGGAGGAGAAGGCAGCACAGAGGCUGGGUAGAGUCUGGGAGCACUGGAACAUCGUGUGCUAGGAGGCUGUUUGGAUUAGAAACUCUCUGCGGAUCAAGUGGGCUGGAUGAAAUGCCAGGGAGGGGAAUUGGAGUCUGCUGAACUCUAGUAAUUGGACUCGUCUGUAACACCCGGAUAAGAAAAGUGAGCUGCUCACGCUCAGCACAGAUGAAGGGAAGGAGCCAGCAUGCGGGAGCCAGCAGACGCAGCCCAGUAGGAAUAACAAGGCUGCACAGCAGUGAUUGUACAGGCUGGAUAGGUGACGUGGGGAAAAGGAGCAUAGGGUGACUGCUGGGUGCUGAAGGUUAUUCCAGGCACAAGUGGCAGAGAAGCAGUUCAGGACUGCAAGACACAUGGUGACACGGGGAACACAAACCACAGCCUGAGGAGAUGGGUUUCCUGGAGAGUCUCUGGUCCAUUCUCAAAUGAACUGCCCCAUCCAGCAGCUUUGACCGCCGCAGUAGCAGACAUGGCUGUGCAGCCAUGGAGGCAGAGCUGUAAUGAAACAGGAGUGAUUCUGUUGAAGAGCUGGGGGAACCCAAACCGGUGCUUUCUGCAUGUUACUGGGAAGACAUUGUGUCACAUAGUAAGCAGAGGAACUGGAAAUGAAAGGCUGAAUCAAGUGCUGAGCACAUGGUGAAUGCUUCAGCUUCCAGGAAAAGAAGACAAAACCCCCCAAACAAAUAGCUGAUGAUCAAAAGCAGGUAUGUGAACAGCUGGGAAACACAGCUCUGUGCGUCUGGAGAAGCACGAAGACACGGCCUGAGUCAUCAGCAGUGUUAACAUGUUUGAGAUUCAUGGCUGACUCCACAGGUACCAGGAGGUGUUCUGCUGCCCUUUGCAGAUGAGCCUGGCAAAAAUUGCUCUGUAAAGUGAUCAUCUAUAGGGAAGCGUGACUGGAGUGGACAGCAAGAAACAGGAGGGGUUUGCUGGGGUGCUCUGGGAGUGGGGUAACAGGACCAGCUCAGUGCCUCAGGUUAGCAAAGGGCUGGGCACGGGUCGCUGCUCAGCAGCUCACAUUCAUAUGCACCAGCUGCUGCCUGGCAAGGAGCUGAAGGCCCACCCUUGCAUCAGCAUGGUGCCCACAGGCAGGCCCAGCAACACUGACACAGUCCUUGAUCCCUCAGGGAAACAAGUAGGCGGUUCUGAAUCCGGUCCCGGGAUCAUCUCUUCUGCCAGCACAUCUGCCAUUUGCCCCCCUCCUUUUCAGAGCCUUAAAAUAGAGGCCAAGGCUGGGAAGUCGCAGGGUUUUUCUAGACUUUGUUGUGGAAGCAGCCCACGCUCGUGCCCCCAGUGGGCUGUGCAGGCUGGGCUGGGUCAAGAGAGAGAGGCACGGGAAGCUGGCACUGCUGUGCCUGCUCAGGGCAGGGAGCCCCGCUCACCAGCUUGUUACUCUGCCCUCAUUCCAGGUCCCUGCUUGGGAUGCCAGCAGCUGGAGGCUCCGGGUUCAAAGGCCAGGCUGGCCAGGAAGAGUGAGGGAAGUGUGGGAAGCCAGCUGUCAUGUAGGAAAACAAGCACGAGAGAGGGCUGAGGGAGCAUGCUGCAGGGAUGGCCAGAGGAUGCCCCAGCAGCACAACCAGCUCGUCGGGCCUUUGUAGCCAGAAAAGGCAUCAGUGUCGCUCAGUGCUUAAGAGAGCACAAGUCAGCAAACUGGCUGGCACCGUGCAGGUGGUGGCCGGGUCCCAUCCCUGCUCAGAGGGCACACAGCAGGAUGGCUGUGCCGGGGUUUGCCGACGUGCGUCCCUUCAGGAUGAGCUCAGGGGAGUCCCCGAGUAAACCUGGCAUCACCGCCGCUCCAGGAAGCCGGGCCCUUCGGGGGAGACAAAGCGCGUCCGAGCUGCUCUGCGGUCACCGAGGGUCCGUGACACCAGCAGUCUGGGCUGCUUCCUGGUCACCGGCCAGCUCUGCGCAGUUCCUCCUCACUUGCUCCUGGCGCUGCAGCUGCCGGGCUGGCUUUACUCAUUGUCUGCCGCGGGUGAUGCGAGCUAUUCAGCGGCUGCCAGGAUUCAGGGAAGGAGAGGGAUGAGCCACCCCUCCGCCCACGCUCUGGGAAGGGCUCGGGGACGAAGCCCUGCCGAUACACACGUUCGCUCCUGUUGGGGUGAGCCGAGUGCAGAGCAGAGCCCGCACACGCCAUCCCCGAGUCCCGCUGAUGUGCUGGGGCUGCGAGCAGAGCUUGGGAGCAGCCCGGGCUGCAGCCCGCCCUGCACAAUAGCGAGCUCGCUGCUCCCCCUCUCCCUGUGUGUUUGCCUUCCAGAGCCAGACAGGGGCCUGCCGUCACUAUUAUUUUGCUUUGUGUCAAUAUUAUGACAGCUAAAAGCAGGAGAACUGCAUCCACAUGAUAAGCAGCCAGAAGCUCUGGGCUGGGCGUGGAUCACAUUCGUUUGGCAGUAGAGGAUGCCUGGCAGCCCCUGCCCGCGGCCGGCUGUGCUGGGAGGUGGCGAGCAGUGGUAGCAGCAAGGCCGGCUCCUCUGUUAGACUCCCACCACCUUCAUCCCAGGGCUGAUGAAGCUUAUGUGGUGUGUCCUGAGAGGAGAUGUACACAGAAAGAGCUUUGUUCUCUAGUGGAAAGUCACCUCCAGCUCCCAUUCAGCCCUGGGGGCUGCUCCCAGACAGCAGUGGGGUGUGCAGGACGGGGGCACGGUGCCUGGGCACGGUGACCACAAGCUCCAUGGAGGCUCGGUCUGGGAAGCUGCUGAGGCAGCACUUACCUGUAGGCACCCACGUAUGCUCAGUGCUGCGGUUCAGCUCCCUAAGCCUCACCCUGCUCCUGCAAACACCAUGUCCCAGCGCGUCCCCACCAGCCGGCCAACACGAUGUGCUCUCCGUGACUUCUCCACCGGCUGCCACACUCUGCCCUGGUGCUGCCACGUCACGGCCAGCCUGGGAGACGGCCAGCUGGCAUUAACCCUCCCUGCUGCCAACAUCACCUUGCCCACAGCUUCACUUCUGUGGGAACGGGGCUUGGCCUCAGUGCCAAACGAGGCUCACACUUGGUGUGAGAUGCUGAGCUGAGCAGUGCCUGCCCAGCGGCUCAGGGCCCUGGGAUUUGGGUCUUGCUGUGUCAGAUUGCUGCUCGCUGAUGGCAUCGCCCCUUAUACCUCCAGUGGGACAUCAGCAGGGUGUGUCUGCACUGCUGGGAUUGCCCUCGUGUGGCACGUGCUCUGGGGCAGCCCUGGUUUCCCUAUAGCCAGAGCCCAGCACCACAGGCAGUGUGCGUGCUGAGCCCCGCUGUCCUGCCAGCACAGGGCAGCCGUCAGGUGUCUGCGGCCUCAUCAGCCCUACAGAGGCCACGGGUCCCUAGGGAGGCCAGGUCCAUCCCGAGGAACCAAAAUAAACAGCAGAGUUCCUGCCACGUGCAGCCGGGGCUGACUAAGGGCAGCCGCUUCCGCCUGCUUUGGGCUGCAACAACAGCCACAGUGUUCAGGGUGCACAGCUCGGCCCAUUUCCCCCUAUUGUCAGCCUGCAGCUCCACACACACAUCCCCUGCACACCUGGGCUGGGAGGAGAAACCGUGGGGCUGCCCGUGGCCAGGCACGGGAGGCCAGACCUGGCCAAGCUCUGGGGAGUGCUGUGGGGCCCAGGUGUCUGCAGGCCUGAUCCCUCGGGAGACAUGGUGGCAAUACAGGGGUACUCUGGGUUGAGGCCCAGGAGUGCAGUGUGUCACACCCCUGUGAUGUGUGGCCACGGGGGUCCCGUUGUGGUGGGGUUCAGCACUGCCGGCUCAGGCUGUUGGGGCACUGCUCUAUGCAGAGCUCUGGUCUGACCCACAGCAGGGCCAGAAAUAGUCGCAGCACAAAAAUAUGGAGCUGAGGUUUCCAGGGUGUUUUCUGAGGGCUCAGUAGGUGACGCAGGAGGGCUGGGAGACAGUCAGCUUCACAGGGAUGUUUGUUUGAGCUGCUUUCACCUGAGAUGCCAAAGGUGAGAUUUUACAGGGGCAAAGACUCCCAUGGGGGAUGUUGAUCCCAGCAUGGGGCUGUGACAGGGAAGACAGCGCAGUGGGGUGAAGCUCUGCUAAGAGAGCUCGGCUGUGCUGUGACUUAUUGGAGAUGAAGAUCUGAGCCUAUGGUUGUCACAUCUGACCUGUCAGGAAACAUCUCCUGAGCUCCCAGCCAGUCGCCGAGCUCUGUUCCUAAGGUCUGUGGAUCUGGAGCCCCAGGGAGGUUGUGUGGCAGAUAUGAGGGUGCAGUCACAGCACUGUCCCCAAGGCCUGUCCUGUGGCAGGGCCCUGCAGGAUGCUCCCUGCUUGCAGGAGGAUGUUGCUGGUCACAGGUUACUGGCGUUCAAAUGUUAUUUUCCCAUUCCUGUCUCUGCUCCCAGAAAGGGGAUGCUCAUCCCAGGAAUGUAAACUCUGCCCAAGGCCUCAGAGGAAAUAGCUUCAGGACAGGAACAGCAUUGCGCUCACAGUGAAGGGCUGCUCCGUCCCCCCCUCCAGCCACACGGCCCCAUGGAGAGCCCUUUGCUCUAGCACUGCUGAGGCCUUGUGUCUGAGGGGUGGCCCCAGGAGACCUUCCCGCAAGGCCGGGCAGCCCCGGAGGCCCCGUGUGGUGACAACCCCUGCAAUAACACCAAUCUGCCCUACAGACAGCAGCGGCAGCUCCUGCACAUGGCAGGGGGAAGCACUGCCUUUGCCCCCACCCCAAAGCCAUCUGUGGGGCAGUGGUGUGCCCUGGGCCCAGAGGUGCUGUAGGGCUGCAGAGAGAAGCACGGGUGGAGGGCACCGCACAGCGAUGGCUCCUGCUCCCAUAAGGGCAUGGGAGCCCCAGCAGGCGCUGAGCAUCUCUGUGCUGCUGAGUGAUGGACUGCAGAGCACCCAGCCCUUCAUCUGCUCUGUGUGCUUAUCUCCACAGCACCUCCCUGCUCGGUGCCAGCACCUUCCUCGUGCACUCAGUGGUACCAGCACGCAGGGGGGUCUGGCUGGAGCCUGGUGCCCGCUGGCACCUGAGCUGCCACCGCCUGUACGGCCCCGUGUCUUGGGGACAGAGCUCAUGGGGCCGGGACGUGCUACAGCGGUGCAAGGACGGACCCCGCAUGGAGGAGGGCCGAGAGCUCCUGCAGCCCUGCUGCCCCCCAGGAAGCAGCGAUAUGAGGCCGGGCCGGGACACGGAGCCCACCCUUACCCAAGACCCGCAGCCCACGGGGAUCGUGUUCCCCGCUGGCAUCUGCUCCCUCCAACCUCCGGCAGCCACAGCUUUUCUGGACACCGGGGCUUAAAAAUAGCACGGAAAAGGCCACGGAGCUUCUCCGGGUUUAACGUCGGCGGCGGGGUUUGGCCCGGCCGCCCCCGGCCCCCUGCACGGAGCCGAUCUGCGCCCAUCGGGCCGCUCCCCGCCGGCCCGGCACCCACCGCCCCGCGCCUCCCCGUCCUCCGCGUGUCGGAAGGACCCCGGUGCCGGGCAGAACCGGGAUCGCUCCCGAGCUCCAGCAGCUGGAAGGCCCCGGAGGCGCGGGGGACAGCCGGCGCGGAGGCGUCCGUCCUGACCUUUAAGGAGAUCUGGAACCGCAGCUUCUGUCGGCCUCGGGAGCAGCUAGUGGAUAUCAUUACCGAAUUCCCCAACGAGGUGGAGUACAUCUUCAGGCCUUCCUGCGUCUCCCUGCAGCGCUGCGGGGGCUGCUGCGGUGACGAGGGACUCCGCUGCGUCCCCGUGCAGACCAGCACGGUCACCGUGCAGCUUGUGAAGAUAAAGCCCAAUGGAGAGGCACCCUACGCGGAGGCACCCUACGUGGAGAUGUCAUUCACCGAGCACAAGCAGUGCGAGUGCAGGCCAAGGCAGGACCUGGCGAGACCGGGCAGGAGGAGACUCAAGGGCCGAGGUAAGAGAAGACAAGACAAGAGACGUAAAGACUGCGAGCUAUGUGGCACACCACGCAGGUAGCCUCCGCUCUGCCCCCAGCCUCGCUCCUGCCUCUGGAGCUUGAACCUAUGGCACUUCUGCCCAGUGCGGGGACGUGUGGUGCUGAGCCCCUUGGAGUGACGGUGCUGGGGAGCAGGACUGCGGCAGGAAGGAGCCAACGAGAUUUAUGCUUGGCCUAGAGCGUAUCCUGGAGCCAAGGACUCUCUUGCCCCACCUGCACUGCUGCAGUGGGACUAAAGGACCCAGAAGGGGGGAUGAGGAGUCGGAGCUGCAACCUGUUGCUGGAGGGCAUCUUGGGGCUGCAAGGAGCAGAGCUGUGGGCACGCUGCUGGAGCUGGGCACUAUGUAGAGCCGGGGUGAACAGGGCUGGAACUGCAGAACUACUGUGUCCUGCAGGCAAAGGGGAGGGAGCACAGCUGGGAUGGGUCUCAAUCUGGGCAAGGUGCAGCCCAAAAGGGUGUCUUGGGGGGAGGGGAGCUUGGCAAACCCUUCUGGUAGGCACAGGAAGGAAUUUGGGUACUACAGAACCUUCCUGUACCCACAGCCACGUUCCAGCCUUGCCCUUCUGAAUAAAAGCUGGGGGCGGACACAGGAGCUGGGUGGGUGAGCAUCCUCUCCUUGGCAGCAGCUGGAGGGCCAUUCCCUGCCAGUGCCCAGACUGGAGGCAGGCUGGUGCUCCCAGCUCUUGUGGCACUCAGCCCAUCCCUCUGUUUUGUUGAGGUCUGGUCCCACCUUGUUGUCCCACAGCUGCCCCUUGGCCCUGGUGGGGCUGCCCAGGGGCUUUCCUACCUGGGAACUGCCACCCACUCAGCUGGCCCAGUGGCACUAUCUGUUACUGGGAGCACCCUGGGAUGGGCAGGGAACUGUCGUCCCCUGUCUGGGGAGCUCCAGGCACUCAUUUUCUGUUUGCCCCAGUAGUGAAGAAAGGGCUGGGGCCAUGAUUGCACUACAGCUCAGCCAGGCCCACAGACAACCCGCUCUCUGGUUCCUGCUCACCUCAAGCACUGCCCCGGGGCUCUUCCAUCCCACCCACAGUGCUGGAUCUCACUGUUGUAUCCAUUCUGUGCUCUUCAGUGGUGCGCAGGCCCUAAGGACAAAGCAGGGAACUGAUAGCAUAGCAGUUCCUAGGCCCAGCCCUGGGUUCAACCACCCUCUUCAUGACUGUGGGGCUGACAGGAGCUCGCUCAGCUUCUGACAGCCCCUAACAAGCCACAGCUGGGGUGUAUUCCUGCAGCCCCGAAGCUGCUGUGUGAUGGCUCAGCUGCUGCCCACAGCUGAGGAGAGAUGUGGCUUAUCCUGUGUUGGGUAACCAGAGAGGGCUGCGGUGUGGGUGGGGGUUUGGGGCAGCUUCCCCAGGUCUGACAGUGUUGGGUGGGGUCCCGGUGUGGGCAGUUUGCUGCACCGUGUGGGGCUUCAGCAGGGCCUGUGAGCAGCAGGAGCCACGGCAGCGCUGAGAGAUGGCCCCGACCGCCUGCGUUGUUUGUAACAGUAAUACUUUCACCGUGGUAGUAUUAUGACCUUUGAGAAGGAAACUAUGUAAAAACAAGACUGUUAAUUUAAAAGCC